ACUACACGUGCCUGGACAGGGCGCUGCGCGACCACGAGGCGCUGCAGCGCCUCCGGGCCGAGGUGGCCGCGCAGCAGGCCCUGCAGCGGCUGCGCACCACGGAGGGCGAGGCUGCCCCGGCGCGCUUCGAGGACGGAGGGGGUCGCUGCCGUCUGCGCCGUCGCCGAGAGGAGGGAUAA